ACUCUGUCAUUUUCCUUUUCAAGUGCCAUUAGUGAGCCUAGGGAUAUGUUUGUCGUUAAGGACUGGACUAGACAUCUUGAUUCAGUUCAUAGGUCUGGCAUGGACUCCAGGCAUGGUCUUGAGUGAGCUGUUUGUUCUCUCUGGAGCUUGCUUGCUCUUAUAUAUAGUGGCUAUAAAAUGCAUCUUUUUCAGCUUUUGGCUAGUCGGUGUGUUAGUCAAGAGAAAUGGAACCUGGCAGAAGGCAUCGGAUUGCUUCUUGUGAAGACAUUAGAAGGGUAAAUACCAGGGGGGGAGAAGAGCUACUUAAGCUAAAGAACAGUUUUGGCAGGACAAAUGCUUAUAAAUAGAAGGUGGAUAAAUUUGAGGUGGAAAUUCAGAGAAAAUUUCUCAUCAUCAGAUCAGUCUUGUUCCAGAACAGCCUUCCUGGAUGAGUCAGGGGGAAGAAUGACCUGGUGCGUAAGGGACAUUUUUACCUCUCCUGAAAUUAAAAUGCAUUACGUAGGCCAGAGCUACCUGCUGACUGUCUCUGCUGAUGAUGUCUGGCACUGUUGUAACAGGAAUAGCAUUAGAGCCACAAGUAGCAGAGGUCAGGUUGCCAGAUGGAUGCCAGAGACAAGCAGCUUUUGCGCUCCCUGCGCCUGGAGCUCUGCACAGAGGUGCUGGUGGAUGGAGUUGUUAUUCAGUAUCUCUACCAAGAAGGGAUUCUCAUGGACAGUCAUGUUCAAGAAAUAAAAGCCCAAACCACCAGUCAGAGGAAAACUAUGAUGCUCCUUGAUAUUCUCCCCACCAGAGGACCCAAGGCUUUUGAUGCAUUCUUGGAUUCUUUGCAGGAGUUCCCAUGGGUUAAAGACAAGCUGGUGAUGAAGCGUAAAGAAAUAACAGUCCAAGAUCCUGCAGAUAUCACUGAAAUUGCACCAUUUCUUUUGAAGACUUCACCGACAGAUCAGCAGCUGAACAAGCUUGCGAGGAGACUGGGACCCGAAUGGGAGCAUAUAGUUCUGUGUUUGGGUUUGUCCCAUACUGACAUCUAUCGAUGUAAAGUCAAUCACCCCCACAACCUGCAGUCACAGAUUGUAGCUGCAUUUGUCCUGUGGAGACAGCGCUUGGGGAAAAAAGCAACAAUCCAAAGUCUGCAAGCCAGUCUGAUGGCAGAAGAGGUGGAUCCUUCUGUGAUACAGUAUAUGCUUGAGUGAAGCCUUGCUAUUGAUCGGGAGCUUUCAAGUACUUCGUGAAAUUAAAUCAAGAGGGUUCGUGGAAAUGCAUGUUGAAGAUCUGAUGCCUUAAACUGGAAAAAAGGGAUUGGGAACUAUGGUUUUAUUAAGCUUAAACAUUCCAGUUUCCUGUGGCAUCUUGUGGCUUGUAAUUCUUUUCAUGCCAGAUUAAUUUUUAGCAAGCAUUAAAAAAUUGAUCACGCUU